UGCUAUAGAGAGAGAGAGAGAGAGAGAGAGUCGCCUUUUGGUCUAUUAACGGAAUUAACAGUGAUGUAAGUCGACCUUACACUGGAUAUACAGCGCAACUAGAAGUUGUAGUGAAAUACCGGAGUCCCGGGACUUGGUUAUAGGAGACAGCGAUGCGGUAAAGCUUUGACUAAAACCCAAACUUGAUUUCUCCGGGUAACGCGAGACCAGAGCAGCGCAGAUGUUUCGGGUUUAUCUGACUGCUGCACUGUGUUACUGCCUUCAAGGUUCCAGACUGCGUUCUGAUGAAGUUUCUCCACGGAUAGUGCAUCACCCUUCUGAUGUGGUGGUGCGUGUGGGGAAUCCCGCUACACUUUCCUGCCGAGCUGAAGGAACCCCAGAACCAUCCAUCCAGUGGCUCCGCAAUGGCAUCCUCCUGGAGCCUGAAAAGAUGGACGUCCAGUCACGGCCCAUCGUCUUGCCUGAGGGCAGCCUUUUCUUCCUCAGUGUGGCAAAUGGAAAGAAGAGCCAGUCUCAUGAAGCAGUGUAUUCCUGCCUAGCUCGAAACAAUGCAGGCACUGCAAUCAGCAGGAAUGCCUCUCUGUAUAUUGCAGCUCUGAAGGAAGAGUUUCGUGUGCAGCCCAGUGAUGUGGAGGUAGCUGCAGGAGAGAUGGCAGUGAUGAACUGCAGUUCACCUGUUGGUCAUCCCGAACCUAAUAUCACCUGGAAGAAAGACGGCAUCCUUGUCAACACCACGGAUGAACACUAUACUGAGCUCAAUGGGAAGUUGAUAAUAGCUCCAGCGCGGAAGCAGGACUCUGGAAUUUACAUUUGUGUGGCCUCAAACAUUGUUGGUGUCAAAGAAAGCAGGGCAGCCAGAUUAACAGUUUUGGAGAAGCCAGUGUUACUACGUGAACCCCAAGAUGUUUCUGUGAGCUUGGGAGGAUCUGUACAUUUCUUCUGUGAGACUAAAGGUGAUCCGAUGCCCAAGGUGGAGUGGAGCAGAGAGCAGGGGCCUUUACCCAAUGGCAGGUAUUUGAUUAAUCCAGACCAGAGUCUUCAGAUCCAUUAUGUGACAUUACAGGAUGCAGGAAGGUACACUUGUACAGCAGUCAAUGAUGUAGGCGAGUCCAAGGCCAGCGCUGAGCUCUUCGUAGAAGCUACAGAUAGGGGCAGCCAGAAGGAUUUGCAUAAAGAAUUAUCGGCUCUGCGUAUAAGUUUGGAGAACGUCACUGUUCUGAGAACUGCAUCCAACACCUCACUAGUCACAUGGAAGCUUCAGUCAACUUCUCAACCUCUACACUAUCUGGAUGGCUUUGAGGUGUUGUACAGGUCUCUUCUGCCGGCCAGUUCUGAUUGGACGGCACAGAAAGUGGCCUAUCCUGCACUUAAGACCCACAUCGGUCCGCUAAAGAGGGGCUACAAAUACGAGUUUAAAGUCCGGCCUUAUGGAAGUGAACUGUAUGGCAGAGAAAGUAACACAAGACACUUGAGAGUCCCAGAGACUGCUCCCAGUGCUCCUCCUCAGGAUGUGUCUAUAACAAUGCCUACUGAACACAAUGACACGGCCCAGCUAAGCUGGGAGCCUCCGCCUCAUGAGGCUCACAAUGGGAUAAUUCAGGGAUACCAGGUGUGGUGUGUGCAGGAAGAAGAGCAGCAGUAUCUAAACUGGACAGUGGACAGCGGCACACACACACUAGAGAUCAGGCCACUGCAGCCUGGCAGGGUGUACUGGGUCCGAGUGGCAGCGGUAAACGGUGCCGGAGUCGGAGCUCAGACUAGUCCAUACAGACUGGUCAUAGAGUCAAAGCUGGAAUCAGCUCCACACCACAGAACUUCACUGAGCAUGGCAGAUGUGUUGGCAUUAAUGAGAGAGCCAGUGUUUAUUGGAAGUGUUGGCGCCCUCUUGUGGUGUUUAAUGAUGGCCACAGCUGCUUGUCUAUAUUACAAACAUAUCCGACCUGCCAAUGUAAGAGGAGGACAUCACAAAACAGGAUUAUAUAGAAUCGAUAGUGAGGAUCUCAUCAUCAAGCACAGGAUGGCAGCACCUGAUUCUCCAUGGAUGUCAGAAGCAUGGAAGCCGGACUUGACCGGUGAACAGUGCCAAAGCCUGUGGACACAAAAUCCGGAGAAGCCAGAUUUCAGGAAGACCACUCUACCUAUAACAGCAAAAAAAGACUCAUCUGUACCGAUAGUGCCAGACAACUGUGGCGUCUAUGGCACCUUCUACGUGGAUCUGACGGGUAACAACAUGAAAACCUUUAACAGCCCAGGACGAUGCCCCAAAAUGCCACACUGCAACACGCAGCAGCACAACUCUGAGACUAUACGCAUCACUCAGCCUCUUCACCCCAGGUCCUCCGUCACUGAUGAGCGGCAGAUACUGCCUUGGAAACGGACCCUUCCUGCUCAGCCCAAUAUGGGUGUUCGAAAGGAGUCCUGGGAGAAAAACUUCAAACGAGAGCUUCAUGCAGUAAAAAGUGCUCCAUUAGUGCCAAGACACCAACAAGCACUGAUGCUGCGCAACACAUCCAACAUCCAUCAACACAGGCUGAGCCAGAAUUCAGGGGCAGUGACUGAAAAAAUGAAAGUGUUUGGCUCUCCCAGGAUUCUGCAGUAUUCUGCAUCACUGCAUUUGGUGGAUAUGUUGCCCACUCCUCCUCCUCUGCCUACGGAUGACAGUGUCAGCUCUGAGGAGGGGUCCACUCGGUCCACUAAGCUGACAGUGGAUGCCGGCUCGCUUCAGUCUGUGUGUGCAGCGUCGACUGGCUGUCCCUCUCAACACAGUCCUUCCUACAGCCGUCUCUCUGCAACCUCCUUCUGCCUGUCCACUACUGACCAUCAGGACGACACACUGAGCACAAACGCUCAUGAGCAGUACCUCGAGCUCAGUCCUAAUCCACGUAGACACAGCACCCUAAGUGAAAAGUCUCCCUCCUUAUCUCGGCCGUUCUCCCCCACACCCACAUUUGGGUACAUAUAUGGACCGUCUGAGCGUCAGCCGCAAGAUGACAUAGAGGAGGAGCAGGAGGCUCAGGCAGUGGGACUUCAGAGAACAGCACUGAGGGGCACGCCGUCCUCCUGCUGUAGUGACUGGGAGGGCUCGCUGUGGAACGGCUGGGGGUCAGUGUCUGAGGGAAACACGACGAGUGCGAGAACCAGCAUCAUCAGCUCGUCCGAUGGCUCCUUUAUGAACGAUGUGAACUACGCUCGCAUCAUGGCCAUGACAGCAGAGUCGAUGAACGAAACUUUAUCAGAUUUCUCGCCUCCCGGGUCUCCGCUGAGCGUGCUCUUCCCCCCACGGGACUGUUUCGGGGAGGUGGACCCCCUGGCCGUGUGGGAUUGGAGCACAGCCUGGGUGGAGGAAAUGGAGGCCCAGUAUAGAUCCUCCGCGGAGACGCCGCAGAACACGAGAGCCGAGCUGUCACACGAAAACACCUCGCGGAGAUGAUCGUUCGGUCUGCUGCAGGUUGGAUCAAAACCACCGAGGCCGAGUCGUAAUCAGCAAGAGCCAGGGUUUUCCCGGUCUAGAACAAGCUGCUUAUGGUCACACCAUGUUAAAGCUCUGUACAGGAAACUUAGUAUCUCAAACCUUCAAUGUAAAUAAAACACCUUUAUUUAAUAUACAGUGUCAUGAAUGCUGGGAUUUAAUAGCCAUCUAAAUAGCACAGGAAAUUAUUGUACGAGUUUUUUUUAUAUGUUUCUGUUGUUUACUUUUGCGACUUUUUUUUCUUCUUUUUUUUAGAAUUGUGUUUGUGUUUCUGUUGUCUUUGUUAUGGAGAACAGUACAUCAGCCUAAACAUGAACACCAGCUGAGAUUUGUAAGUUUAGAUCUCUUUCCCAUUAGAAUUACUGACCUGAUUACAUUAAAAUGACUUAUACGCUAAAUUAACUUUUUAAAUAUUGUCUUAAGGAAGUUGUUGAACUAAAAUGUUAUAUUUGAUAUAUUUUACUAAUUUCACUGUUCAUUUGAAGCCCUUUUAAUACAAAUAAACUGUG